AACACCCAAACGCUUCAGGAACGCUUGACACACGCUCCAUUUGUGCCGCUGUCGAAUUUGCAUCUGGUUGUGGUGUUGCAAAGGUGAUUACGUGCCACGGUAAACCUUGAUCCCAGUGUGCAUUGCAGUCAAAACAUAUCUGCCAUACCGUAUCCGUAAGAAUGGCCGUCGUUCAGCAAGCUGGAAAUAUGCAACAAAUGGCGUCUCACAGCGAAAAGGUGUUCCAGUGGAUAAAUGAAUUGUCGAACCCGGAAUCGCGCGAAACGGCUCUGCUGGAACUGAGCAAAAAGCGCGAAACCGUCCCGGACCUAGCGCCGAUGCUGUGGCACAGCUUCGGCACGACGGCGGCCCUGCUGCAGGAAAUUAUCCACAUCUAUCCGUCGAUCAAUCCGGCCACCUUGACAGCGCAUCAAUCGAACCGGGUAUGCAAUGCGCUGGCCCUGCUGCAAUGUGUCGCUUCCCAUCCGGAAACGCGUUCCGCCUUUCUGGCCGCCCACAUUCCACUGUUUCUCUAUCCGUUCCUGCACACCACCUCCAAGACGCGUCCCUUCGAGUAUCUUCGUCUCACGUCGCUCGGUGUGAUCGGAGCGCUGGUGAAGACUGACGAGCAGGAGGUGAUAACCUUUUUGCUGACGACGGAAAUCAUUCCACUGUGCCUGCGCAUCAUGGAGUCGGGCUCGGAGCUGAGCAAAACGGUGGCGACCUUCAUACUGCAGAAGAUUCUGCUGGACGACAGUGGUUUGUCGUACAUCUGCCACACGUACGAUAGGUUCUCGCAUGUCGCCAUAAUUCUGGGAAAGAUGGUAAUAUCGCUGUCUAAGGAACCAUCGGCCAGAUUGUUGAAGCACGUCGUACGCUGUUACCUUCGCCUCUCGGAUAAUCCACGUGCACGGGAAGCAUUGCGACAGUGCCUGCCGGAUCAACUUCGCGAUGGAACAUUUACGGCGUGUCUGCAGGAGGAUAAAUCGACCAAACACUGGCUGACGAUGCUGCUGAAGAAUCUGGAUACACCGGCCGGACCCGUUACCGAUCCGCGCCAGGUCGGCAUUGCUCCGCUGACCUCGUAAAAAGGGUAACGCUAAGUUAAGCAACCUCACACUUCAAGGGCUGUAACCGUGCAACCAGUGCCAGGAGAGUUGACGGCAGGCAACGCAGAGAAUCUCUUCUUCGUUGUCCGUUUUUUCCUUUUUUCAUUUGUUGAAAUACGAGCUAACAUAGCAAUCUAGAGUUAGACAAUGGCGAUCGAAGGCCGCUCGUUACGCUUAGACAUUAAAUUAUCGUCCAAUAAGAAAUUAA